AAAGAAAAAAAAUCCGAGUUUUCUGAAGACUCUUGCGGGCGUGGAGAGAGAGAGAGAGAGAGAGAGAGAGGAGGGUUUGGGGUUUUCUCGUGGAUUUAGGGUUUGCUUUGGGGUUCGAUUGGUGUCUAUUUGAUCGGUUUCUCGCCGGAGGAGUGUUGGAUUUGAGUCCGAUUUGGUGUUUUUGAAGUGGUUUUUGGAGGGAUCGGUGUGGCAGCGAUGGCAGGGUUGGUGGAGCGGGCGACGAGUGAUAUGCUGAUCGGGCCGGACUGGGCGAUGAACAUCGAGAUCUGUGAUAUACUUAAUCGUGACCCCGGACAAGCAAAGGAUGUAGUAAAAGGUGUAAAAAAGCGUCUUGGGAACAAGAAUUCGAAGGUCCAGCUACUUACACUAACACUGCUGGAGACCUUGAUAAAAAAUUGUGGUGAUGUUGUCCACAUGCAUGUUGCAGAGAAAGAUAUUCUCCAUGAGAUGGUGAAGAUGGUUAAAAAGAAGCACCCUGAUUUUCACGUGAAAGAAAAGAUACUGAUGUUAAUAGAUACUUGGCAAGAAGCAUUUGGUGGUCCCCGUGCAAGAUAUCCACAAUACUAUGCAGCGUACCAGGAAUUAUUGCGGGCUGGGGCUGUAUUUCCUCAUAGAUCUGAAAGCUCAGCACCUAUAUUUACUCCUCCUCAAACACAGCCUUUGUCAAACUAUCCUCAAUCAGUGAGAAGUCCUGAUUAUCAGCAUGAAGCACCCGAGGCAUCUGCUGGAUCUGAUUUUCCUAUCUUAAGCCUUACAGAGAUCCAGAAUGCGCGUGGUAUCAUGGAUGUUCUUGCGGAAAUGCUAAAUGCUUUAGAUCCUGGAAAUAGAGAGGGUUUGAGGCAGGAGGUAAUUGUUGACCUAGUUGAACAGUGUCGAUCUUACAAACAAAGGGUGGUACAACUUGUGAACACUACAUCGGAUGAGGAUCUCCUUGGCCAAGGACUUGCUUUAAAUGAUGAUUUGCAGCGGGUUCUUGCCAAGCAUGAUGCAAUCGCUGCUGGUAUUGCUGUGCGCCCAGAAAAACCAAAAACUUUACAAGCACUUGUAGAUGAUGAUAAUUCUGCCGCAACUAAUCAUGUUGGUCAUCCACCACCAGAUCAAAGAAUGUCCAUUUGUAGGUCCCCUACAAGCACAAGCACAAAUAACCAGCCACCUCUUCAGCAGUUGCUUCUACCGGCACCACCAACAUCUAAUGGAUCUGCAAAACCUCCUGCAAGAGUUGAUCCAAACAUGGAUCUUCUCAGUGGUGAUGACUAUAAUACACCUCCUGCUGAGAAUCCGCUAGCCCUUGUCCCUGUCAAUGCACCACUUACCAACCUCUCGGCAUCUGACCAGAAUGUUUUAGCUUUGGCAGACAUGUUUGCUGAAGCCAGUAAUGCAAAGACUAGUAACAAUCCUAACAGUACUUUUAGUUCUAACCCAGCAUUCCCAGAACCACAGGUGUUUCCGGCUGCAACACCUCAGCUUCAGCAGUCCCAACCUGGUCUUUAUCCUAAUGGGGGCAGCCAAAACUCAGGAACACUUCACUAUCAACCAGCAGCUAAUGGCCAUGGGACCCAGCUGAAUCACAAUAAACCUGUAUGGAAUGGUGAAGUUUCCCAAGGCUUCAAUCCUCAGCAGCAAACAUUUGGAUAUGGCCCAGAUGAUCAAGGCGGGGCCUUGCCUCCACCGCCAUGGGAAACUCAAACAACUCAAAGCAAUGAUGUGGAUGGCUUGCAGCCUCAGCCAAGCCCCCAAUUUGGAGUUACGCAGCCUCAGCUUGUGCAGGGCUCCCAGUUUGGAGUUAUGCCACCUCAGCCAAUUCAGGGAACCCAAUUUGGAGGCAUGCCUUACCAACCAAUGCAGGGCACCCCGUUUGGUGGUAUGCAACCUCAGCCGGUUCAGGGCAGCCAGUUCGGAGGCAUGUACCCUUCACCUAUGCAGAACAAUCAACUGGGCUUAUAUCCUUCACCUAUGCAGAAUAAUCAGCCAGUGGGGUUAUAUUCUCAGCCAAUUCUAGGUGUUCAGAUUCCGGGAAUGCAUCAAACUCCAAUGCAGAUGCAGAUGCAGAUGCAGCUCACUGGAUAUGCGUACGGGCAACAACCCAAAACUCAGUUCUAUGAUCCAAGGCAAUCUGCCUACCCUUACUCGAACCCCAAUGACGUCUCUCAGAGAAUGUAUGGGCUUUCCGUACAAGAUAACGGUCAAUACAUGAAUAUGAAUUCCUCUUAUCAGAUGUCGGCUUCCUCUUCUCUUUACACACAGCAGUCCAACAAACCGGCGAAGCCAGAAGAUAAGCUCUUCGGUGAUCUUGUUAAUAUGGCCAAAUCAAAGCAAAGCAAACCUCCUGUCAAUAAAGUUGGGAGCUCAUGAAAUCUGAGUGAGCCUUUAUUUUGUAGAUUUUUUUUUCCUUUUCUCUUGGUGAUAUUUGUAGUUCUUUUCAAUAUAUAUUUCUCAUUUCAUGCCUUAUUUGUAUGUUUGCGUUUGUUUUGAUAAUGUAAAUCUUCAGCUAGACAGGAAAGGAUACAUGAGGUUUUAUUACAAUGCUUAUGAAACUCUGCUUUGUUGCCAA